GCCGCAGAUUUGUUGUGCUACGUCGCUGCCAUUUAUUUGCUUAUCAUGGAUAAAUUUCUCUAGGAUCAGCUCCCGGCAACAAUUUGUAUGCCACUGUUAAUGUUGCAGUGAUUUUUCGAUUUGCAUCCUUUUCAUAAAUUGAUACAUGUAGAUAGCUAGUAUGCAUAUUGGUACUUUAAUGUGGUGGCUUCAGUAACGAUGAGCUUCUUUGUAAACUUGUUGUUUACAGAAGUUUUUAUAAAUAAAUUCAAAGCUCCAUGUCGGGAUGCUGAGGCAAGGGGAAUGGCUAUGCGGAGUUGGUAUCCAGCAAGUGCAAUGGCGUCAGCACCCUCAACAGAUACGAAAGUUAGACGCUAGCAUCGUUUUCAUCAAUCAUUUCGGCAUGUCGAUACCCAACCACCUGUUCUGGCCGUCGGACUGCUCUAUGCAGACUCCAUGUGGUGCGGUGCUUCCUGACUCAGCCAAACAGCAGCUCGUCGAAAGCAGCUGCCAGUGAUCCUCUUUUAUCGGUCACUACAACCACAAGGGUACGUGCGCAAUGUAGGAAUGCUGCAGUGUCAAACUCAUCUUGUUUGAUCUGCAAUGUCAGUCGUCACUGCGUCGCUACCCCUGGAACGAAAGCAGCUGUACAGUAGAAUAUCGAGCUUUCAGAUGCGUCCCCAGAAAAUGCUGUCUUGCAUUUGCCCUAACUCACCAAAAAAAAACCAUGUGCUGUGCACGCCGGCUGUUACAGUCCACCGUAAACUUGGAUCGUCAAUUUUGGUAGUCUCCGGCAGCUGGUCACGAUAGGCGCCCCGGCUGCUGAUCUUUGAGAGGCAACUUCAGCUCGAAAGAAAGCUCGUUGUGGCAAAGGAAAUUUGCAGCGGCAAUUAAAAGACAAAAUUAAUGAAUUUCACUUCAUACCGUAAUUAUUUGCUUAGGGCGUACAACCUCACCUUGAAGAAUGUUGUUGUAUGGGUGAGAGUGGAGCUUGCGUGUAAGAUGGGAAGCGUGCCGCAAGUAUGCAUACUUUGUACUUGUCAACUCAGGCACUAUUAUGUAAGCUCUUCACGCUCAUUGGACCCUUUAUCAUACAAGACUUGCAAAAACAUGUCUCGUUUUUGCAUUGGUUGCGAGCGUGGAAUUUUGCGGGCCCUAGUCCUUUCUGAAAGAGAUAGCCCACUCCUCGCUUUCUUGUCGGUAGAGGCUUCGCGAUAAGACGGCAAGCCGCUCCCUCCUCAAUUUGAUAUCACCUUGUUCCAGUUCGAAUCGCCAGUCUCCUCUACCAGCUGCUCAUUUUCCAUUUGGCCGUAUCCCACUCACUGUCAUCCCAAAGGUCCAGCACCAUUUCAUUUCCUGGUCCAACCAAACACCUGGCUGAUUAUAUUCAACAAACUUUCUUUCUAACCGCCCGAUAAAUUUACAAGAU